AAAAGAUAUAAAUUAUUGUUAAUGGAACCUUCUGAAAACUUAGACAAAGAGAUUACCUUGCUGGAGAAAGAAGACAAGAUUCAUAAGACCAUCCAUUUGAAUUUUUGAUGAGAAUUUCGAAACCAGAUAUCAUUCUACGAGUUUAUCUAUACUCUAAACUGGAUUGAGGGAGACAGAUGCCUUAUACAGUUUCUCAAGCUUCCAAUGGAAAAAUCCUUCGUUUUUGGUUUGGCAGUUAAAUGAAGUGAUAGAAUGAGAGUGAAGAGUCUUUGUAGUGUUUUAAAGCUAUCUAAAUCUAAUAGAAUCAACUUCAUUGAGAUUGAAUCAAAAGAUAGAGCAAAAUCAGAUAUUAAACCAUUUUUGAUUCAUUCUCAUGAUAUCUUCGAUAGAAUCAUUUAUAGAUGAAAUUUUACAUACCUUUAUUUCACAGAGAAAAGCACAAUAAAGAUAUUUCAGCGCUGUAGAAAUAUUUUAUGUCUUCUCUUCAACAAAUGCAAGUUUGACCAAAUCACAAAAGAUUCAAAAUGCAUAUAUCCCUGCAGACUAACUCGACUAAAAUUCAUUUCUUGAGUGUAUUGACAAGACAACAAAACUAAAACCCAAAAAGGAUCUCUUAACUCACUUCUUCGCUAUCUCAAAGCCCAGAACUUAUUUUCCUCAAUUACAUCUCUCAUUAUCGACCCUCAAAUCGGCCAAACUCCCCUCCAAGAUCUUCAAGAGCUCACCUUCUCCCCAUAGCCCCAUUCAACCCGCUCUCUCAACAACUUUCAAUCCCAAAUUUC